AUGCCGCCCACUCCAAAUAAAUUGAACUUGAGCUUCGCCAGAAACGCGUACAGCGUGUUUGGGGCACGCGGUACCAAUACCACUGCUGAUCAUCAGCGUGAGCAGAAAACGGAACUUUUGGAGGGUAUAAGAGAAAUAAAAUUCUGACCGCUGUUACUUGGUUCUUGAUCAUCAUUACUGGAGGCCUUCUUAGAUUGGUCUUCCAUUGGAUACCGCAUCUCAUGUUGCUAGCGACUCAUUCCAAAUGUCAAUUAGAAACCGCAGACACUGUUUUGCUGAUAGAGAAGUUCCAAGGAAAACACACGAGUUAUCACGUGAAGAAACUAAAGACCUUGGCUGCUCAAGAUAUACUUAAACCAUUCGAUGGGAAAUCAUUGAUGGAUAAUGAACCAUCGUGGAUGGAGAACGGCAGCAUGAUUACCAUCAAGGAAGUGAAGGAAGAGUAUCCCCCCACCAUUUCGCUGCAUUUAAUCGGUGGACAAUUUAAACAGGUUCCGUCGAUCGUUUUGUUCCAUUGCAAAAAGUUAACUUACGUUUGGGACCCCGAAAGAUCCGAGUUUCUGAAGCUUCGAGGUUUAGACGUAGGAGUCUUAACCUCCACGUUGCAUCAGAUGCAAGGAUUAAAUUCACUUGAACAACACAUGAGUUUUUGUCUCUGGGUUGCCGAUAACUAUUACUAUUAUGCUAUGGUUAUCUUGUUCAUGUCAAGCAUCGGCGUAAUUAUGGCAGUCAUCCAGACUCGUCGAAAUCAACGCAACUUACGAUCCACCGUGCACUCUUCCGACGUGGCAACGGUGAUGAGAGAUCGCGUGACCGGGCAAACUGCAACCGUGCCUGCUGAAAAAUUAGUACCUGGCGACAUUUUAAUUAUUCCAUCUCAUGGCUGUUUGAUGCCUUGCGAUGCAGUACUUCUAACUGGGAAUUGCAUUUUGAAUGAAUCUAUGUUGACCGGAGAAUCGGUUCCUGUCACAAAAACACCUAUUCCUUCGUCCAAUGAAAUAAUAUACGACACUAAGGAACACGCAAGGCAUACGCUCUUCUGUGGUACUAAAGUCAUUCAAACGAGAUAUUACGGUUCGGAAAAGGUUUUAGCUGUCGUUGUGAGAACCGGAUUCAACACUAGCAAAGGUGGACUGGUCAGAUCCAUCAUGUAUCCUCCACCCGUGGAUUUCAAGUUUGAGCAAGAUUCGUACAAGUUCGUCGUGUUGUUGGCUGCUAUAGCUAGCAUCGGUGUGAUUUAUACCAUCGUUACAAAGGCCAUUAGAGGCGUUCCAAGCAAUCACAUUACUCUGGAAGCGUUAGAUUUAAUUACGAUAGUAGUACCGCCAGCUUUACCAGCGGCUAUGACCGUUGGCCGACUGGUGGCGCAGCGUAGACUUGAGAAGAACAAGAUUUAUUGCACCAGCCCAAGGACCAUUAAUGUAUCGGGAUCGAUCGAUUGCAUCUGCUUCGACAAAACUGGAACGCUGACCGAAGAUGGCCUCGACAUGUGGGGCGUGGUGUCCACCGUCGAUAAGAAGUUUCAGCCAGCUAUCAAAGAUAUCACAUCCUUGCCUUUGAACGAUCUUCUCAUCGGAAUGGUGACCUGUCACGGGAUCACUAUAAUAGAGAAUCAACUAGUAGGGGAUCCACUUGACCUAAAAAUGUUUGAAUCUACGGGUUGGACUUUAGAAGAGCCCGAUGUAUCCGAUACGUCGAAAUUUUCCAUGCUUUUCCCUACGAUAGUACGGCCAUCGAAGGGCUCCAAGUUGUUGAAGAAGAUACCUAACGAAAUCAGGAUCUCGAUAAGCCGACAAAACUCCAUGUCUUCUGACGUGAUGGACAAUAUCUCUUUGAACAACCUCGAUACCACGUUGGCUGGUUCCACAACGGAAUUGGGGGAGCAAGGUUUAGAAAUCGGGAUCGUUCGUCAAUUUCCAUUUACAUCUAGUCUUCAAAGGAUGAGCGUGAUCACCAGGACCUUGGGAGCUAAUCAUUACGAUCUUUACUGCAAGGGUAGCCCGGAAAUGAUUCUCAGCCUCUCCAGAACAGAAUCCAUUCCACCAGAUUUUGGCAGCGUUUUACAAUAUUAUACGUCGGAAGGCUAUCGUGUGAUCGGUCUCGCACACAAGUCUUUGAAUCGUCUUCCUUACGCCAAAGUUCAGCGAUUGAGUCGCGAGUCUGCCGAAUCUGAUCUGACAUUCUUAGCGUUCGUGAUCAUGGAGAACAGAUUGAAACCAGAAACCACGCCUGUGAUCAGUGCAUUAAACACUGCCUGUAUAAAAACUGUCAUGGUGACUGGCGACAACAUGCUGACCGCGUUAUCCGUUGCCAGAGACUGUGACAUCGUGAAGCCAGGUACACCGGUCAUCGCAGUCUCUGCUACUCAGCAGAACCAGAUGAAACCACAGAUCUACUUCACGAAGAAUAACAGUCAGCCAUCGACGGGACACGGGGAUCUCAGCGAAAUGACUGAUCUGAAUAGUGUAGCUAGCUUGGAAACAGUCGAGAGUGGUUCCUUUGGGAACAAUCAAUUCGAAAACGAUGUCAAUUAUUUAUCCGAUGACUUACAACAUUCGAAAAACAAAUACGUGUUUGCACUAACGGGUAAAACGUGGGCACUAGUCAAACAAUAUUACCCAGAACUGAUUCCCAAACUUGUCACCCGAGGAGCAAUCUUCGCGAGAAUGUCGCCAGACCAGAAGCAACAGCUGGUUCAGGAAUUGCAAUCCUUGGGAUACUACGUUGCUAUGGUGGGCGAUGGGGCAAACGAUUGCGGAGCCUUGAAGGCUGCCCACACUGGAAUUUCUCUUUCCGACACUGAAUCUUCGGUAGCAUCACCGUUCACCAGCCGCGAGACAAAUAUCUCUUGCGUAUUAACCGUGAUUCGAGAAGGUCGUGCAGCCCUGGUCACUUCCUUCGGAAUAUUUAAAUACAUGGCCAGUUACUCGCUCACUCAAUUCAUCUCCGUGAUGUUGCUAUACGGUAUCGAAUCGAAUCUGACGGACAUCGAGUUUCUCUACAUAGAUCUGUUCAUAAUUUCGAUCUUCGCUUUCUUCUUUGGUCGUACCGAGGCUUAUGAUGGUCCGUUAGUGAAGACAGCUCCUCUGAACAGUCUUAUUAGUACCACCCCGAUUCUUAGUUUAGUCACGCAAAUUUUGAUCGUGGCUCUAUUCCAGUCCGUUAGUCUAUGGCAUCUUGAACAGAUGGACUCGUUCGUGCCCUUCAAUGCUACGAUCGCUGAAAACAAAGACGACGUGAGCUGUACCGAGAAUUACACGGUUUUUAUAAUCAGCUCCAUGCAGUACAUCAUCCUAGCCGUGACAUUUUCAAAAGGCCAUCCAUACCGAAAGUCUCUGUUCACGAAUUACGGUCUGCUCAUGUCGUUCAUUUUCCUCACCAUGUUCUCUGUCUACCUCGCUACUUUCCCCUUCGAGUGGCUGCGGGACUGGUUCGAGCUGAUCCUUCCAGAAAGCGUCAGCUUCCGUUUCAUCCUGGUUGGCUACGGCGUCGCCAACUUCAUUAUCUCGUUGCUGAUGGAAUACUUGUUCGUUGACUACCUCGUUUUUAGGAAAUUACGGUACCGUUGGCACAACGUAGACAAAUCCAGGCGAAAGUUCCUCGCGAUAGAUCGCGACAUGGCGCGCGAUUUGAAAUGGCCACCGAUCUCGCAGGAACCGUUGCCAGAAGCGGCGCCCGAUAUUCUCAUACGGCAGAACGUCACCGAGAUCAAGAUCGAGAAACGCGUUCCCGAGCCCCGUCCCGUGGACACCAGCUUCAUGAACAGCCCUAUUUCCACCAAUUUCAAGCACUUCGGCUCGGCCAGAGAGGUCACUCUGAAUCCCAGAUCUCUGUUCAAUGAUCGCAGGAACACCGUGUCCAUGCAGACGGUUCCCUGUUUUGAGGAUAGGGACUCUGUAUUGAAACAACCGAACAUAGAGCUGACGGCGAAGCAAAGGUAUAAUUCAGAAUCAGAGAAGGGGAUCAAUCGAUACGAGAAAACUAGUUUUAAGAGCCAUAGCACGAAUCCGAUCGCCACUCUGCCCAGGAACACAGCUGUGGCGCUCCAGCCGCAGAAAUUGAGGGAUUUGAAGAACGUCUUGAUGCACAAAAGCGAAGAUGGCUUGUCGCCCAGUACACAAAGUGUCCUUGAACUCGAUAUCCUACCGUCAUAG